AGGCAUAUUCCGCUCAGUAGUAUCUGAGAGUGCGAAGCUACGACUUGCAGGCGGAUUGCUUGACACCGAACCAGAACAACACAACACAGGAAGAAUAAGAAGACAUGGCGCGUACUAAGCAGACAGCACGUAAGUCAACUGGAGGAAAGGCUCCCCGUAAGCAGCUGGCCACCAAGGCUGCCCGUAAGAGCGCCCCGUCCACCGGUGGUGUUAAGAAGCCGCAUCGCUACCGUCCCGGUACGGUGGCCCUGCGUGAAAUUCGUCGGUACCAGAAGUCGACUGAGCUGCUGAUCCGCAAGCUGCCCUUCCAGCGGCUGGUGCGUGAAAUUGCCCAGGAUUUCAAGACGGAUCUGCGUUUCCAGUCCGCUGCUAUCGGUGCUCUCCAGGAGGCCAGCGAGGCUUACCUUGUCGGUCUUUUCGAGGACACCAAUCUUUGCGCUAUCCACGCCAAGCGCGUCACUAUCAUGCCCAAGGACAUCCAGUUGGCGCGUCGUAUCCGAGGAGAACGUGCUUAAGCUGUCGCACUAGUAGUAAUCUUCUUGAACCUUAAUCAUUUAUUUUACUCUAAUACUAUCGUACAAGCGAAGCAAGUUCUUCUGUGAAGUAGAAUAAGGGCGAAUGAUUGGUCUCACGCAGAAUUCCAUCGAACAGGAGGCGUAACGGGGCGCCCGGCGGUAUUGCUAACAAUACUUCAAACGACCGACAAAAGCACAUUAAUUUUAGCUCUUUUGAUUUCUGAAAAUAGUAGUGGUCAACAUACACACUAAAGCUCCGACGACAAAACAAACAAAUGCAUUUCAUUUGACCGCAACGAACCGAAUACAAAAGAACGCUCCUGUAAGGACCUGCUAUACAAUAUGCCGGAAGAAAAUCAAUCAAACAUUUUUGUUUCAUUCGCAUCCGAGUGCUGAUAACAAUUCAUAAUAAAAUAUUAUCUAAAUUUAAUGCACAA